GAAGAAAUAAAUCGAAAAGCACUUACAUAUAUUUUUGUUCUUUCUAAUUUUUUGUUGUCAUCGAAAGUGAAACGUAAAAUAAAUUUAUUAUUGUUGAAAAUUAGUAAACUUUGGAUUUAGCGUAUCAAAUUUAGUAUAUAAAAUUUCAAUCACUAAUGCCAGUUAAGGUAUUCCAAAAUAUGUCGCUGAAAGAAGAAGUCAAUCCUGGACAGGGGGAGCAGAAUCCAGUUAUAAUUACCGGUACAACUGCACAAACUGAAACAAAUGCUGAUGUCAGUGAUGCUGCGCAGGAACCGCAAGUAACCAGAGAACUGACACAGACAGAUCGCAUAAAUAAGCAUUUGCUGAAAUCAUUUCUCGACCGCAUAAAUACUAGUGGCAUCAUGGAACAGUUUUCAACGAAUACUUCACAAACAACAACAGCUCAAAACGAUCAUGAUGACUUUGAAGAACAAUUAUUCAUUGGUACCCAAAUUAUGUAGUUUGUCGGCAUGUUUUCUAUAUUUAAGUUGGUUUCCAUUAAUGUAAAAAAUGCAAAUGUGUAUUUGAUAAAUAAAUUGUGUAUGUGCAAUUUUGCAACAUGUGGUUUAUUAUCUUAUA